UUGAUUCAUUCGUGGUUUCAUUUCAAUUAAAAAUGACGCAGUUGGUGGCAUUAUAUAUUGCACUGUCCAGUAUGUACUGCAAAUAAAUAAAUUAUCAUCAUAAGGUUUCAUGUCUUUUUUCGUAUUCUUGUCAGUUUCCUAAUAUAUCAUGUUUGUUGAGAGACAAAUCCGGUUCUAGGGAAAGAAUACGAGAUCUUUAGCUGCCCUGAACUCAUUAUAUUAUCUCAUUUAUUGUUUACUAUGAUUCAGUCUUUGCUUCCGUUUAAUUGAUUUCCGUCCUUUUCUAUUUGAAGGAACCAGAGGGGAACAGAAGGAAAUAAACAGAAAGUCUACUAGGGAGCUUUUUGAUUGAAAACAAAAUUUGAUUGUUCAUUCUCGCCUUUUGCAGGGCCAUGGAUGUAAAUGAAUGCGAGGAAGUUAUGAACCAUGAUAAUGAUGCAGAUGUUGGCAUCUCAAAUAAUUUGGACUUGAAUGUGGAUCAUGACUGUCCUAGUCCAAAAUCAUCCAAUGUCAAUGGGGUUUGUUCUCGUCGUUCUUUGAAACAUGAUGUACUCAAACUGGGCACUGAGUUUGAUUCUGAUGAGCAAGCAUAUAGAUUUUACCAUACAUAUGCUGAGUUGGUAGGGUUCAGUGUAAGAAAAGACUGGGUCAAUAGGAGCAAGGUCCAUGGACGGGUGAUGUCAAGAAAGUUUACUUGUUCCAGACAAGGUCACCGAGGGAUGUUAAUGUGAAGAAACAUCGCAAGGAAACAAGAACAGGUUGGUUGGCUUACAUGGUAGUAACUCGUCAAACUGAUGGAAAAUACCUUGUUACUCAAUUUGAAGCUCAUGAGGAUGUGAAUCUGACUCAAGCUGAGAUGUUACUGGAAUCUCUAUCAGGUAAGGGGGAAUCUACUGAAGUUUCUGAAACUGACUCAUUGAAGAACUCCGAGAUUCAGUCAAAACUGUCCUUUUAGACGUUUGGUAUACGGUUUUGCCCUCCAGAAAAAUUCAAUGGCCUUCAAAUAGAUGAUGCGAUUUUCUUGAGCUCCAAACGAACAAGAGAUAUGAAGGAAGGAGAUGCUGCAUGCCUGAUGUAUUAUUUCCAGAGAGCAUUUUGUAAACCCUUCAUUCUUCUACCAAUUACAACUUAACAUUGAUGAUAAGGUUAGCAAUAUAUUUUUUGCCGAUGACAAUAUGAUAAUGGAAUAUGGCCAUUUUGGGGAUGUUGUCUGUCUAGAUACGUCGUGCAUAAGAAACUAAAGCUUCUGUCCUCUUGUUCAGUUUGUUGGACUAAAUAAUCAUAAGCAAGUCGGCAUUUUUGGUGCUGCCUUCUUAUAUAAUGAUAGUGUUAAUUCCUUCAAGUGGUUUGUUCAUACUUUUUUCUUUUUUUGAUGGUUAAACGAACAUAUACUUAAAGACCGUGCCAUGGAGGACUCGAACCCGAGACCUUUGGCCUCAGGCAUUAUUAACCUCUCUACCGCUUGACCAACUCACACACACGGCUUGUUCAUACUUUUGUUGAAGCGAUGUCUGGUAAGAAACCUAAGUUCAUUAUGUCAGAUCAGGAUGCAAUGGUUGUUCAAGCUAUUCAUGCAGUAUUACCGGAAACAAGCCACUGCAUUUGUGCCUGGCAGAUGUAUCUGAUUGCCCUUAAACAUCUUCGCCAUGUGGUUAAGGAAUAUGAUUCUUUAGUGAUUGAUCUUAGAAGUUGUAUCUUUGGUCAUGACCAAGUGGAAGAUUUCAUCCAAGCGUGGGACUCUAUGUUGGUGAGACAUGGCUUGUGUAAUAAUGCAUGGUUGAGAUGGAUGUAUAGAGAGAAGGAGAAAUGGGCUGUAGCAUAUGGUAGAAAUACUUUCUUUGUUGAGAGAAAUGGCACACACCUAGUGGAGCUUGUGUCUGAUAAACUCAGAAGCUGCUUAUCGCCGGAUAUUGAUGUUCUUCAGUUUUUUAAACAUUUUGAGAAUGUAGUCAAUGAACAAAGAUACAGAGAGCUAGAGUCAACCCUUGACAUGGGAAGCCAUGCUCCGGUUUUAAUGGCUAAUGCAAUCUUACUCAAGCAUCCUAGUGAGACGUAUACCCCUAAGGCUUUUGAAGUAUUUCAGAGAGAAUACGAGAAAUGUUUAAAUGUCAUCAUUGAUAAGCGUGGUGAGCAUGAUACAAGAACUGAUUACAAAGCCAAAACAUAUGGAAAGUCAUGCUCUAAAAGUCCUUGAUUAAAGACUUCUUGGUUGCAUAUAAUUCUUUCGAUGGCACUGUUUCUUGCAACUGCAUGAAGUUUGAGCAUGUUGGGCUUUUGCGAAGCCAUGCUCUGAAAGGUCCUCGUGCUUCAGACAACGAAUUAGCAGAUGUUGGCCUUGAUAGAAAUGACUUUGAGGAUGAGGAUGUGGAUGUGAUUAAAGGAACCACUGGAGCAGAAUGUAUAGGAGUACCUGAUAAAGAUCAACUGAAUCACUGUGGUGAACAAAUCCCUGGUGUGAGUGGCAAUCCAAAUAUCCGUUCAACGGGAACCACUGGGACGGUUCUAUCUGUUGCAUGUGCUCUUCCCUCGUAUAUUUCUUCUCUAAAUCCAGCACCUUCACUGACUCCCCCCUUACACAGGGCUUAUACACCAUUGAAUCCAUUCAUAUGGAGCAGAGUAUGUAUGAAGCAUCUAAUUUGACCAUUAACCCACAAUCUAAUCCUAACAUUUAUGAACCUUCCAAUAUUUACACUAACCAACAUUAUUCUCCUAGCCAUGCUCGAUUCCUUCAAGACUCAUUGAUUCAUAGCCAGUUUGAGGAUCCCAUGUCAAAUGGUGAUCAAUUGAAACAGGUAAUGGUUGACAGCCAGCACCUACAUCCGUCUUCUUCUUCUUUCAAGCUGCUGGUGUUUAGGAUAUAAAUUGGGAAAUUUUUCCUUGGUCCUAGUACAUGGUUCAGUAUUCCCAACUGAUAUCGAGUCAGUCUUCCCCGAGUGAGGUAGGGGCCAGGAGAUGACAUACUGCUAACAGGAGUCAAGACAGCGGAAAUGCCUUAUUGAGGAGCUUAGCUUGGCUCUGCUCGUCCUGGGUGUAAUUAAAGGUUAUCUUAAUUUUUCCCUAUAAUUUUUUUUGCAUUUGAAAGCCCGAGUUUCUCUGUUUCUGAUGAUCAAGGGACCGGACUCGAUGCUGGUUAAUUUAUCUGAUGGUGUUUUCGGCGGCCCAUGUUGUACACCAUCAAUAUGAAAGGAUAAAACCAGCUGCGGAUGCAGGUGGGGUCGCCGUCCCCGGAGAACCGCCGGAAGACUCCUCUCAACAGCCCCCGACCCCACGGCAUCCGGAACUCCGCCCCACGAUUCAUUUUCCCUUCUUGUUUUUAUGUA